AGGCGGAGGCCGUUCCCGGUGCUCGGUUGUGGGGCCUGCGGCAAGUGAAAAUGGCUGCAGAAGAGAAGUGGAAAAGUUGGAUUUCAAAACAGCAUAAGGAGGCUGAGCAGGCAGGGGAUAAGGAGCCAUGUGUGCUCCUGGGUCAGCAGCUGGGAGAGCUGGGAAGAUUUGCCUAUGCAGCACUUUGUGGUGUAUCUCUUGCCUUGCUGUUCCCUGAAAAUGAGCAAAGCUCCUUCAGGACAGAAUUUAUUGAGGGCUUUGUGAAAUGGCUGGACAUGCCCGUCACUGUCCUGCCUGCCAUGACAGCCUUUGCUGGUGGCUUAGGAGGUGAGGGCACAGAAACUUUCAUGGAGAUUUUGCUGAAGGAUCCCAUCCUGGAAGAAAAUCCAACCAUCAUUAUCCAGGACCUUCUAUCCUUCUCUCUUCGAGAUGGGUACUAUGAUGCUCGAGCCAGGGUAUUGAUCUGCCACAUCAGCCUCCUGCUGAAAAUCUCCUUGGAGGAGCUGGAAGUCCUGGAGGAAUCUCUGCUUGAGAGCCUGAAGGACCAAAAAGAUGAAGAGUCAGAAACCGCAGAAGUCUCAAGAAAAAAGAAGGAAAGAAGGAAAAAUCUGAAGAGGUACCUACUGAUCGGUCUGGCAACCGUUGGUGGUGGAACAGUGAUAGGUUUGACAGGGGGUCUGGCUGCCCCUCUGGUUGCUGCAGGAGCUGCCACAAUCAUUGGGAGUGCUGGAGCAGCUGCUUUGGGAUCGACUGCUGGGAUUGCUGUCAUGGCAUCCCUUUUUGGAGCAGCAGGAGCUGGUCUUACUGGAUACAAGAUGAAGAAACGUGUGGGAGCCAUAGAAGAGUUUGAAUUCCUCCCACUUACUGAAGGGAAGCAGCUUCAUAUCACCAUAGCAAUUACUGGAUGGCUGUGUGCUGGCAAAUAUGGGAGCUUCACAGCACCAUGGAGCAGCAUGUUGCAGUCGAGUGAGCAGUACUGCCUGGCCUGGGAAUCCAAGUACUUGAUGGAGCUUGGCAAUGCUUUGGAUUCCCUGCUGAAUGGCUUUGUUAACAUGAUGGCUCAAGAAGCCCUAAAAUUAACUGUCUUCUCAGGGAUUGUGACGGCCUUGACGUGGCCAACUUCACUCCUGACUGUUGCCAGUGUCAUUGACAACCCCUGGGGAGUGUGUCUGCACCGGUCUGCUGAAGUAGGCAAACACCUUGCGCAUAUCCUGCUCAGUCGACAGCAGGGGAAGAGACCUGUCACACUGAUUGGCUUCAGUCUGGGUGCAAGAGUCAUUUACUUCUGCCUGCAGGAAAUGGCUCAAGAGAAAGAAUCCCAGGGGAUCAUUGAAGAUGUCAUUUUACUGGGAGCUCCAGUGGAAGGAGAAGCCAAGCACUGGAAAGCUCUCACCAAAGUGGUGUCGGGCAGGAUCAUAAAUGGUUACUGCAGGGGGGAUUGGCUGCUGAGCUUUGUGUACAGAACCUCCUCUGUCCAGCUCAACGUUGCAGGACUCCAGCCAGUUGACCUGGAUGACAGGAGGAUGGUAAACAUGGACCUUUCCUCUGUAGUGAAUGGCCACCUGGACUACAUGAAGCAGAUGGACACGAUCCUAAAAGCUGUCGGCAUUAAAACCAAGGAAUGCCAGCCAGCAGAGAAAGGCAGUGGCAGUCUUUUCCCCUCUCUAGCCAAGAAAUCCCUGCGGGAAGCAGGCAGUGAGGCUCAGGGAGAGGAAAACACCGGGAAAGAGGAGGAUGAGGGUGAGGCUCUCCCAGCCGGCUGCGCUCACCAACGGGAUUCCUCCAGCUCUCUCCUGGGAAAGCCCUGCCUACCCUGACAGGACUGCUCCCACAGCAGGGACAGCAAGGACCAGGCAGCAG